CUCGCGGCGCACCACGGGCACAUAUUUUUCGCGCCUCUUCUUUGUCCUGUGCUCCUCUCCCCCUCCCAAAUUGCAGCGCAGCAACGAGCGCACGUCGGCCGUAGAAGAAAGCGGAAGUGAUCGAUGGCGGCUCAGGCUCUUCUCUCCGGCAGGCAGCUGCUCGGCCAGCCCGUGCAGUCGGCCGUCUCUAGGUCGUCGUCGGCGAGGAAGGCGCCGUUCGUCGUCAGGGCCAGCUCCAGCCCUCCCGCCAAGCAAGGAGCCGACAGGCAGCUGUGGUUCGCGUCCAAGCAAUCCCUCUCCUACCUCGAUGGCACGCUGCCCGGCGACUUCGGGUUCGAUCCGCUGGGUCUCUCGGACCCGGAGGGCACCGGCGGGUUCAUCGAGCCCAAGUGGCUGGCCUACGGCGAGGUGAUCAACGGCCGCUUCGCCAUGCUGGGCGCGGCGGGCGCCAUCGCCCCGGAGGUGUUCGGCAAGCUGGGCCUCAUCCCGCCCGAGACGGCGCUGCCGUGGUUUAAGACGGGCGUCAUCCCGCCCGCGGGGACCUACAACUACUGGGCCGACCCCUACACGCUCUUCGUCUUCGAGAUGGCGCUCAUGGGCUUCGCCGAGCACCGCCGGCUCCAGGACUGGUACAACCCUGGCUCAAUGGGCAAGCAGUACUUCCUCGGCCUCGAGAAGUACCUCGGCGGCUCCGGCGACCCCUCCUACCCCGGCGGCCCCAUCUUCAACCCGCUCGGGUUCGGCAAGAACGAGAAGGAGCUCAAUGAGCUCAAGCUCAAGGAGAUCAAGAACGGCAGGCUCGCCAUGCUCGCCAUCCUCGGCUACUUCAUCCAGGGGCUCGUCACCGGCGUCGGCCCGUUCCAGAACCUGCUCGACCACCUCGCCGACCCCGUCAACAACAACGUGCUCACCAGCCUCAAGUUCCACUAGGAGAUUGAUGCCUGGCUCUUGCUUGUUGGUGUUGUGCGAGCGAGACAUGUAUUCAUACGCUGGCUGACGGGAAAGCGUUGCAGUUGCAUGCGCACCAUGAUUCGUGCCCAGCCUGUUUGUAACAAUUGUUAGUGAUCGAUCGUGUUCAUACCAGAAAUUGUAUUGCACAUGGUAAAUCAAUGUACUAUCCCCUCUCAACCUUCAUAGUGAGCGACAUCAUUACUUCA